AUGGAGGAGGAGGACCGCACGGCCAGCAAGAUGAGCGGCAUAAAGCUGGAGGAUGGCGCUGUGGAUGGCGCGCGGCUCGACGGUGAGACGAUGGCUAUCCUCCCCAAGAAGGAACCAAAGGACGUGAAGAGCGAGAGGUCGCCGCCCCCAUUGUCAAUGGACGUCAAGUCGCGCAGUCAGAGCGUGGAAACCCCGACGACCCUGCAAAAACCCAAACUGAGCCGGAAAGCAUCGCAGCAACCCCCGAGACCACCGGUCCUCUACACCGACCUGGCCGAUGCGACCGACGAAUCGUGCGAGACAUUUCAGGUCAUCCCAGAUUGCUUGUACGGGUCGAAACAUUUGGGCUCGACGGACAAUGACACUUUCGACUGCGAUUGCAAUCAGGCAUGGAGCCAGGGGAAAAACGAUGCCUGUGGGGAGGAUUCGGAUUGCAUCAACCGCGCCACCAAGAUGGAGUGCUCCUCAACCGGCAACUGCGGAGGAGGCUGCCAAAACCAACGCUUCCAGCGCAAGGAAUACGCGGCAGUCUCCGUCAUCAAGACGGAGAAGAAAGGAUUUGGCCUGCGCACUGACGCUGAGUUGGAGGCUAACGACUUCAUCUUCGAGUACAUCGGCGAGGUCAUCAACGAACCGACAUUUCGCCGACGCAUGGUGCAAUACGACCAGGAGGGCAUUAAGCACUUUUAUUUCAUGUCCCUGAGCAAGUCGGAAUUUGUCGACGCCACGAAAAAGGGCAACCUUGGUCGAUUCUGUAAUCACUCCUGCAACCCGAAUUGCUACGUCGACAAAUGGGUCGUCGGCGACAAGCUGCGGAUGGGCAUCUUCGCCUUGAAGCGGAUCCAAGCGGGUGAGGAGCUGGUUUUCAACUACAACGUGGACCGCUAUGGCGCGACACCGCAAGUAUGCUACUGCGGCGAGUCGAACUGCAUAGGGUUCAUUGGCGGGAAGACCCAGACCGAGCGCGCAACCAAGCUGCCAGCAGCCACUGUGGAGGCACUCGGUAUCGAUGCGGACGAUGGCUGGGAUACCACGGUUGCCAAGAAGCCACGCAAGAAGCGUGUCGAGGAGGACGACGAGGAAUAUGUCAGUAGCUUGCAGCCCCGCAGCCUCACCGAGGAGGACGCCACCAAGGUCAUGGCCACGCUUCGCCAAUGCAAGGAGAAAUGGAUAGCUGUCAAGCUCAUGGAGCGUAUACAGCGCUGCGAGGAGGAUCGCGUGAUGAAUCACAUUACACGGCUGCACGGCUACCAGAUUCUCAAGACCGUCCUCAACAACUUUUACGACGAUGCGAACCUUGUCCUGCAGGUACUGACCAUCAUGGACAAGUUUCCUCGGAUCACGCGCAACAAGAUUCAGGAUUCCAAGAUCGAAGCUGCCAUCGAGCCGCUUGUUCGGUCCGAGCAUGAGGACAUUGCAGCCAAGGCAGACAAGCUCAUGAAAGAAUGGAGUCAACUGGAAAUGGGAUACCGUAUCCGACGGCGUCAGAACGACGGCAAUACGCCUUCCGUCAACGCUUUCGACGAUCGACGAGGUGCUACAGCGCGGGAAGAGGAGAAGGCACCAGCGCCAACGCCACAGCCCAUUGAUGCACCCAAGGGUCCUCGCGGCAACAUGGCGCAACGCAGCAACGGACAUGCAUUCCAGGCUCCGCGACCACGCCCAAGGCAUUUCCACAGCAAUCGUGGGGUCCUGCCCGAGGGCUGGUCGGCCACUGAGGACAAAGACGGCCGGACCUACUUUUAUGACAGGCAGGGGGUCACAACGUGGGUCCGACCUUCCAAGCCGUCGAUCCAGCCCGUGGUGAACAAGGCUGCGCAAGAGCAGCUUGCGAUUGCGGAUAUCAUCAAAAAGGUCACGACGGAAUCGCAAGCGUCCAAGCAGCAGGCCGCUGCCGGCACACCUAAGUCCGCAGAGUCUUCUGCGAAGGAACCUAAAGAUGACCAUUGGCGGUCACUGCCACUCGAGAAACAACAAAAACUCUACGAGAGAACCAUACACCCCCACGUGAAAUUUGUGGUAGACAAGUUCGGAAAAAAGCUUCCAAAAGAAGAACUCAAGAGGCUCGGCAAGGAAGCCUCCAAGAAGAUCAUCGCCUCCGACUACAAGCACAGCAAAGUGGUGGAUCCGACGAUCCCCGUGACGGAUAAGCAGAGGCACAAGAUCAAGAGCUUUGUCAAGGAAUACCUCGACAAGGCAGUCUUCAAAGCUCGAGAACAGCAGUGCUCGGGAGCGUCGGGGACACCUGCCAGCAUUGCAGCCCACAAUGACUCCGUUGAGGUCGACGGCAGCGCCACGCCUACUGAUUCGCCCGUCUUGAAUGUAACGGACGAGGUUAUGAGCUAUCAAGUCAAUGAGCAAACACCAUCAGACGUAGAUCGCAAGCGCAAGAGAGACGAUGCGGUCGCCGACUCGCCGGCUUCACAGCUCAUAGACAGUCACGACUCGAAGCGUGCCCGUGAGGCUGGGGGACCGCAGGACGCGACGCCCCCACCCCCGCCUCCGCCCCCGGCUGGUGCUACUGGUCUGCAGGACGAUGUAUCCCCUGAGGAGCAGGAAGUCCUCCGCCAGCAAGAAGAAGCACUGAUGAGAGAAAACGAGGAGGCUCAGCGCAUGGCCGACGAGGCUUCUACAACAGAGCAUUUGGAGCAUAGAGCCGACGAGAUGCAGAGAGAGAUUGACUUGGUGAAGGGUGCAUCUAAUCAGGAAGUUAUGGGUCACUAA